AUGACAAUACCCUCGUGCAUUUCGUUCUGCACGGCGCAAAACUUACCCCUUGCCGGCUUGGAAUAUUCGAGGGAAUGCUACUGCGGGUACGGUCUGUCGCCCUCCACAGUCGUCAAUGUCACGGGAUGUACCAUGCCGUGCGCCGGCAAUGCGCAGCAGAUGUGUGGUGGACCCAGUCGCUUGAGUGUCUACAACAAUACCUCGCUGUCCCCUCCCAGCGCGAAGGCGAUCAUAGCGGGCUACAGUUACCAGGGGUGUUUUACAGAUCCUUCCGCCGCUCAGCGCACUCUGCAAGGAUACAGCACCUCCAAUUCCACGUCCAUGACGCAGGAGUUCUGUGUCUCGGCCUGUCAGACCAGAGGCUAUAAAUAUGCCGGUGUCGAGUUUGGCAGGGAAUGCUAUUGCUCGAACCUACUUGGCACCGUGAGCAAUGGGGGUAAAGGGGCGUCGGCACCAGAGGGUGAUUGUUCCAUGUUGUGCACGGGCGAUGGUAAUGAGUUUUGUGGCGGGAGUGCGAGAAUCGGCGUUUGGUUGAGCGGUGUUUGA